UGAGCGUUCAGUUGUUAGCUUGUAGCGUUAGUUCAACAAUGCAGCAACGAGAAGAGAAGCAGUUAGAGGCAUCAGUGGAGUCUCUCGCCUCUCGGGUGGCUCACGUUAAAAAUGCUCUUCUUAGUUUCAUCUAUAAGUUGGAAAAUGAAUAUGAGCGAUUAACAUGGCCUCAGGUUUUGGACAACUUUGCUCUUCUAUCGGGUCAGCUGAACACUAUCAACAAACUGCUGAAGAACGAGAAGACGCCAUCCUUCCGUAACCAGGUCAUAAUACCUCUGCUUCUGUCUCCGGACCGAGACGAGGAUUUAGCAAAACUCACUGAGCAGCGCGUCCCGGUGUUCAGCCACGAGAUCGUGCCGGACUACUUGAGAACAAAGCCUGAUCCAGAGGUGGAGGAGCAGGAGAAACAGCUGAGUGCAGAGGCCACACGUAUAGGCCCAGAGGUGGCACAGAAACAGAUCCAGACAUUGAAUAAGUUGUGUUCUAAUCUGCUGGAGAAGCUGAACAAUCCUCGUGAUGACAGAGACGCAGAGAGUGCAGCGAUGCGUCAGAACAAACCAUCUUUUAACCCCGCCGACACAAACGCGCUGGUUGGAGCGGUGGCGUUCGGAAAGGGGCUUUCUAAGUGUAGGCCACCAGGGCAGGUGGCCCCGGGACACCCAGGACAAGGGCCUAUGAUGAGUGGAGGUCCCACCUUACAGCAGGUCACCAUCGGUGGUGGUUCGAGCCAACAAGCAGGUAUGGGAGGACCUGUGGCUUCACAGCAGCAAGGACAGCCAGGUAGGAGGCCUGGAGACUUGGGAAAAAUGCCGAGCAGCAUCAAGACCAACAUCAAAUCUGCAUCUGGUUCAAUGCACCCGUACAACCGAUGAGCUCCUUUUUUCUUAGUUCUUCACUCAGCAUUUGUAACAUUUCUCACCAACAUGUCACCUUUGUUUGCCGUGUUAUUCAGUUUGAACAAAUCGACUUCUAAGAAGCUGUUACUCUGUUCUCUCGACUCGACAGUCUGAAAACUGAUGCCAAACCUAGAAUGUUUGUAUUUUUCACCCUCAGUGUACAUAUUCUCUUUGUUUAUACCACAUCUGAGCCUAAGUGUUUGAGCCACUAGAUGGCAGUAUGUCAACAUUUAUAGGAUUAUGAACAGCUUGUAUUUUGGGACUGUACUCUAAAUACUUUUUCAAUAAAAGAUGUGUUU